AUGGGACUGUUGGUGUUUAUGCGCAACCUGCUGCUCGCCCUCUGCCUGUUUCUGGUGCUGGGCUUUCUGUACUAUUCUGCUUGGAAGCUGCACCUUCUCCGAUGGGAGGAUUCAAAUUCAGUGGUUCUUUCCUUUGACUCCGUUGGACAUACAAUAGGCUCAGGAAGGAGAGAGAGAAAAACUGUGGCUAUUGUGCUUCCGCUGUCCAUCCCAUCUCACCUUGCUGCAGACCCAGGAAAAGACAGAGCCCAGAAAGAACCCAAAGAAACAAUGGCAGCUCCAGGCCCAGCCAUUCCUAAAUAUGACAAACUGGGCUUUCUCCUGAACCUGGACUCAAAAUUGCCUCCAGAACUGGCAUCAAAGUAUGCAAAUUUCUCUGAAGGAGUGUGCAAGCCUGGGUAUGCAUCAGCGCUCAUGACUGUCAUCUUUCCAUGGUUCUCAAAGCCGGCACCAAUGUUCUUGGAUGAUUCCUUCAGGAAAUGGGCACGUAUCAGGGACUUUGUACCCCCCUUUGGAAUUAAAGGACAAGAUAAUCUGAUCAAAGCCAUCCUGUCAGCAACCAAAGAUUACCGUCUAACUCCAGCUCUUGACAGUCUUGGCUGCCGGCGAUGUAUUAUUGUGGGAAAUGGUGGAGUACUUGCAAAUAAGUCAUUGGGGUUAAAAAUUGAUGACUAUGAUGUUGUUGUCAGGCUGAACUCGGCUCCAGUGAAGGGCUUUGAAAAAGAUGUGGGUGGCAAGACAACUCUCCGGAUCACAUAUCCUGAAGGUGCAAUCCAGAAAAUGGAGCAGUAUGAGAAGGAUUCCCUGUUUGUUCUGGCAGGAUUCAAAUGGCAGGAUUUCAAGUGGCUGAAAUACAUUGUUUACAAGGAGAAAGUGAGUGCCUCUGAUGGCUUUUGGAAGUCAGUGGCAACCCGUGUCCCAAGAGAACCUCAUGAGAUACGUAUCCUGAAUCCCUACUUCAUCCAGGAGGCAGCUUUCAGCUUCAUCGGACUGCCUUUCAACAACGGCCUGAUGGGCAGAGGGAACAUCCCCACCUUGGGAAGCGUAGCAAUAACCAUGGCGCUCCACAACUGUGAUGAGGUGGCGGUAGCUGGGUUUGGCUAUGACAUGAGUUCACCCAAUGCACCGCUGCACUACUAUGAGAACAUCAAGAUGUCUGCCAUCAAAGAGUCCUGGACGCACAACAUCCAACGGGAGAAGGAGUUCCUGCGGAAGCUGGUGAAAGCCCGAGUCAUCACUGACCUAGGGGGGCCCCAGCCACUGCCUCCAAGGGAGGAGACGAAGACGCACGCUGCAGCUCUGGGAGCAGGCACUGGCAGCCCCCCGCAAGAAUCCCACCUCACUGAAGACACAUAG